GGAGGGGGCGGGACCGAGUCGGGCGCGCGCCGAGGCGCUGCACCUGUUGGUGCGCCCAGCCGACGCUGCUGAGGCCCCGCGCAGUGUACCUUUCCCUCAGGCAGAGGCUAUCUUUGGCCCUUCGGACGCCUCUCUCGCCACCCGUGGGACACAGUCAUCAAGGCGGCCAUGAGGAAGUACCCGAAUCCCAUGAACCCCUGUGUUGUGGGUGUCGACGUGCUGGAGCGCAGUGUGGAUGGCCGGGGCCGGCUUCACAGCCACCGCCUCCUUAGCACCGAGUGGGGGCUGCCCAGCCUCGUGAGAGCGAUUUUGGGGACCAGUAGGACUUUGACAUACAUCAGAGAACAUUCUAUCGUGGAUCCAGUGGAAAAGAAAAUGGAGCUCUGCUCCACCAAUAUCACACUCACAAAUUUGGUGUCGGUGAGUGAGAGGCUGGUGUACACAUCCCACCCGGAGGACCCAGGAAACGCGCUCUCCUGCAGGACCGUGCUCACUCAGGAAGCUGUCAUCACCGUGAAGGGAGUCAGCCUGGGCAGCUAUCUGGAGAGUUUAAUGGCCAACACGAUAUCGUCCAAUGCAAAGAAGGGGCUGCUGUGCUGGAGGCCUGUUGAGAAUCACGGCUUCUUCAGCGGUCGUUACCAUCCCACAGCACCCCAGACCAGGGCUGGGCCGCUAUUGAGUGGAUAAUUGAAAAUGCGGAACGCGCACUGAGCUAACGAGGCCUGCAGCGUCCCCUGUGCUUAGCGGCGGUAACUACAGGAUUCCUGAACCGGGAGGAUGUGGCGCCCACUGGGCUCCCAGCGGCGUGUGCGGCCUGCGUGCUGGGAGGGGUCUGCGGGAUGCACCUCUGUGCGGGGCCCCGCCCUGUAGAGAAAGACCGAACUGGUUUCAUCCUCGUCGUGAUGCACCAGCUCGUUUUGUGGCGAGAUUUGUGUUCAGGUUUGUCAUCUCGUCUCCGAGGGCAGUUCGGCUUUUCCUGCAAGCGGUUCUCAGCACGCAGUCAUGUGUUCUGGGACUGCUGUAUCCUUAGCAGGAGGGUCUCACCAGCAGGUCCAGUGUGGAGGGCUGAUCUGAAGGGGAUUUUAUUGGGAGUAAGACUGGAGUGCCUGCCCAUGAUCUUGUGCGGAUGCCCUGGGCCCAGGUGUCAGCACUGUGACCAGUAGGUCACCCUUCCUGCUGCUGCCAGCCGUGUGCCAUCACUGGCCCUUUGUUUUUAGUGCUCGAAGUCGUUUCCCAGCAUCUCUUUGAGCUUCUCAAAUACUCUUUGUUUUCUUCUCCUGAGCCUCUGGGGUGUCAGGGCAGAUUUGAUGCUGGUGUGGUCAGCAGUCAUCUCUGCUUCAUAAGGUCAGAGUUCACUGCUCCCUCUGCUGAGAGGAUCCUUACUCUCCUGCCCUGGAACUCCUCCUACUCUUAGCUUUUCGAGCUCUGGCCCCACUUCCCACCCUCAGUUGGUCUGUCUGCAGCACAUAAGCACACUUGGUGCUUCAGUCAGCAGGCAUGAGCCCUGUGGCUUGGGCUCCUUUAAAGAGUUUCCUGCUUUUUGCCUAAGGCACUGAUGCAUAGGUUUGCCAGAACCUUCACCUUGAACCCAAGGUCAUGGCCUUCUUCCUUGAAUGCACCACUAAGCUGAUCACAGGCAGAGAGCCUACCUGACUGCUGAGCAUCCUACUUGCACGUGUGCAUGUGUGUUUGGUGUGUGUCUGAUGCUGUUGCUUUGUUGUGGACCCUAUCACAUUCUCUUGCCUCACAAACUAGAGCUCAGCUGCCUCAAUCUUUAAUCUGAUGCCUCACCAAAAUAAGAAAGAGAAGCGAAGGAAGAAGUGAGUCCGGAGCAUGGUCCUGGCUGGACUAGGAGAGGCGGGAGCUCCUGGGUCACAGCCAUCGUCACCAGCCACCAUCAGGCUGGUCGGCCGUGACCUUACAGCACCGCAGGCCUGACCAGUGGCACUGCCCGUGGGGCCGACCUGCUGGGAGCAGGGCAGGCUGCUCAACUGCACGUUGAGCCUACGCGCCUACUCUGCUGAGCCUGAGCCUGGUUUGCUCAGACGGCUAUGGGGCCUCAUCUGUCUCCCCCUUUCAGUCUCGGUUCUCCUGUCGAUUCUUGGGGUCUCGCUAAAGAGCUUUCUCUUUGCAGAGGAUACCCUAUUCCCCUCCCUUGCCCUUGAUCCACAGGCUCACUGCCUGUCUCUUCACACAUCUGGCCAUCAGCUGUUACCUCAGACAUAGCUGACGUGUGUCCCUGUCUUACCCCUUCACGGAUCUGCACAUGCUAGAGUCAGGCAUCCACCCUGACGGGGACACAGGGACAGUUAGGAUUGGCCUGGAGAGCCAUUUGCUCUGUCCUCUGGCUGUGAUGAGACUGUGUACACUGUCUGGUACCACCAUCUGGACUGCAGCCUGGGCUGGUAGUUCCAAGCUCUCAGCUGUUCUGCUGACAUCAAGGUACCUCCAACUAGGAGUUUUAAUUUUCUCAAUUUUCAAAAAUAAAAUUUUUGUGUGUUUUAAAUGAUAAUUCUAGAGAAGCUCUCCUCCAUAAAGGAGGGGUGGAACUGUAUUCUACCACAUUGUUUUAGAUACUGCUUUUCCUUUGAUAUCAAUACUUCCAAUCCAAAAUUAAAAUUCAUUUUUAUCUUUGAGACUUUUAUGCACAUAGCUUUAAAGGUAAAAUAGUUAAAAGAUUUAUGACAAAAACAAUCCCUCUAACCCUUUCCACACAGCAUGCUUCUACCCUUCUGUAGACUCUCUUGGCAGUUUUGGCAUUUACUGUUAGAUUCCUAAAAUAAAUGAGCAUACUCUGCUAUUUCUUGAUUCAACAAUUUUAGACAAAAUCUGUUGACUUCCUGCUAUGAUAGAUGGUUAUUUUCUCUCUCACAUCUUCCCAUCUCCAGUAUAGCUGUGUUGUAACUUAUGGUUAAAAUCACAUUGUUUCUAUAAUUAAAACAUACAUAACUACUAUUUAUUACCAAGUGAAAAGCUAUAUGUUAAUUACAUUUUCUUUAAAAAAAAAAAAAUUUAUUUGACUGGGUCUGGUCUUAGUUGUAGCAUGAGGGAUCUUUAGUUGUGGUAUAUGGAUCUAGUUCCCUGACCAGAGAUGGAACCUGAGCCCCUGCUUUGGAUCGCCAAGGGAGUCUCUAUAUUUUCUUUAUGUAGCUUUUCUCCCCCUUGAAGGUAAUGUCUUUUCCUUUUCAUCUGUUUAUUUUUUCAAAGUCCCUGGCUGAAUGCCCCCAUGUUCUUCACCUGCUCUCUGCAGCACCUUACAGUGUCCUCUGCUGCAGGUCAAACCCCAUAGGUUACACACCCCUUUCUCACUUCCCUGGUGUUGUCCUUCCUGGAGGCCCAUCUCACUCUGACUAGCAGCCAAAUGGCUGUUGGCCUUUCUCCCCUCCUGGAGCCCUGUCCACUGGCCUCUCUGCCUCCUCUCUCUUUGACCAUAAAAUGGGGAAGGACAUGCCACAGUAGCUUCCAGGACUUGGCACAUCUGAAAAUGUCCCUUCUCUUCCCACUCUUCACUCAAAGGUUGGUUGGACAUAUAAAUGUAGAUAAAAAUACUUGGUCUCAGAAUUUUGAAGGCACUGCUUCAUUGUUUUCCACUUCACUUCCUGAGCCUCUGUAUAUGGCUUUAUUUUUUUUCUCUCUGAAAGCUUUUAGGGUCUCUUUGUCUCUGAUGUGAAAUUUCAUACAGCCAAGCCUUGUUGAAGUGAUCUUUUAAAAGCGCUCUGUGCUGCACUGCGCAUGUUAAAUUCCUGGCUGUGGUGCUGUGCUACAAGUAUGUGAGACGUUACUGAAAAAGUGGGUGAAGGGUAUGAAGCUUCCAGUAAGUCUACAUUAAUUUCAAAAUUAAAGGUUAAAAAUUUUCAAAAAUAGUGACAUCAUGGAAAAUGGCAGAGGUGGGUGCUCUGAGAAUCAAUCCUCCUAUUGAAACAAACAAUAAGCUGGCCAAAAAAACAAAACCAAAACAACGGAAUCAACUUUUGUAGAACUCUGGAUUUUAGUCAAGAUACCUAAACUAACCAGUAGGGUGUUGAAUGAAUCUUAAUUAACCCACUCUGCAGAUUUUGGACUUGGCAGCCUUCAAAAUUAGGGCAGCCAAUUCCUUAAAAUAAAUCCCUAUGUGAAAGAAAACUCUGGAAGAAAAUUGUGGCUAUUUUGACCUAUGUGAAAUGAUACCUGAUACCUCAUUAUAGUUUUGAUUUGCAUUCCUCUGAUAGUUAAGUGAUGUUGGUGUCCUAUGGGUUUUUUUGGCCAUCUGUAUCCUUUUUUUGGAGAAAUGUCUGUUUAAAUCUUCUGUCCAUUUUUUGAUUGGGUUGUACUGUUUGAUACAGAGCUGCAUGAGCUGUUUGUGUAUUUUAUAGAUUAAUCCCUUGUGACCCCAGCUUUGGAAGAGUGGAGUCUUAACCACGGGACCACCAGGGAGGUCUGCCAUUGGUAAUUUGGUAUGGAUUGCAUUGGGUAAUACAGUAAUUUUGACAACAUUGAUUCUUCCAAUCAAGAACAUGUCUUUCCAUCUGUUUGUAUCAUCUCUGAUUUCUUUUAUUAGCAUUUUAUAAGUUUCAGAGUACAGGUUUGUUGUCUCUUCAGAUAUGUUUAUUCCUAUUUUAUGUAUCUUGAUGAGAUGGUAGAUGGGAUUGUUUCCUUAAUUUCUCUUUCUGAUCUUUUGCUGUUAUUGCACAGGAAUACAAGAGAUUUCUGUACAUUAAUUUUGUAUGCCGCAACUUUACCGAAGUCAUCGAUAAGCUCUAGCAGUUUUCUGGUAGCAUCUUUAGGAUUUUCUUUGUGUAGUGUGAUGUCAUCUGCCAACAGUAAGUUUUACUUCUUUUCCAAUUUGGAUUCUUUUUUAUUUUUCUUCUCUGAUUGCCAUGGUUAGCACUUCCAACACCAUGCUGAAUGAAAGUCACAACAGUGGAUAUCUUUGUCUUAUUCCUGAUCCUAGAGGGAAUGCUCUUAGCUCUUUACCCUUGAGAAUGAUGUUAGCUGUAGGUUUGUUGUAUGUGGUGUUUAAUAUGUUGUGGUCAGUUUCCUCAAUGCCUGCUCUCAUUAUCUUUUGGAAGGAAUCAAAACCAAGGUCUAAGCACUGGCCCAGACAAUUCUGAUCCAGGUGUCAUCAGACCACACUUUGGGGGAUGUUGGGUCCCCUCUCUCCUGGAAAUCUGUUUCCAGGAAGGUGUUCUUGACUGAUACCAGGUCGCAGCUUACUAUAAAUUCCUAGAGGUUUAUAUCACUUUGGACCAUUUUUUCUAAACUAUUCAUGUACAUAUUUUUCUGAUCAGAAGCAGAGAUGAGAUGUUUAUUUUGCAUGCACAGCCCUUGGUACUCACUGAGUAUGUGGUGACUUGAGAACUGGGUUCAGAAUCAUAGCCCUCAGUGGGGAAGGCAGGUGGAGAGAAAGCAGGGCUAUGAGCACAGGGCUGGACCUCACAUGUGAUGCUGGGCUAGUGGUUUGACCUUGGGCAAAUGCCCACCUGGCUACAUUCCCAUCUUUCGGAUAGACAACAAGUGCAUGCACAGCACCUGCUUCAGAACCGAGUAUCAGGAUUGUGGCUGAGAGUGCUUCACACAGUACCUGGUGUGGAAAAGUGCUUGAAACCAAGCAGGAUCUUGUUGGGUCUUCCUGGUGACAGACCUCGCCAUCCUGUGUUCCCCACCUCUCGUUGGUAGAAAAACAUUAGCCUCUUAGCCCUUGCCCAAUUUCCAGAGCAGAUUUAAUCAGAGAAGUGCAAAAAUGGAGAAGCAAGUGCAGCAGUCAAGCAAGUCAAAGCAAUGAUAGUUUAGUCAUUAAAGUCAGGGACCUUUAGUUCCUCCUCAAGGGCUAUAGGUAAUAUUCUGAGCCCUACCCUGAGAUGAUUUGCCAAUAGUAACCCCCAUGAAGUGGAGAAGUUAGCUGCAUGCUGACAAUCAGCAGGCAGACCCCUCGAGUGGUUGGAACCAGAUGGUUGAUGAUGUAGAGUCUAGAAAUACCACCCUGUACUGCACCACCCACCAGUCAGGGCAAACGUCCACAAGUGAUCAGGCACCCCUGACCUCCCUUACCUUGCCUUUAAAAACGCUUCCCUGGGGGCUUCCCUGAUGGUCCAGUGGCUAAGACUCCAUGUUCCCAAUGCAGGGGGCCUGGGUUUGAUCCCUGGUCAGGAAGCUAGAUCCCACAUGCUGCGACUGAAGAUCCUGCAUCCUACAACUAAGACCUGGCACAGUCAAAUAAAAUAAAUAUUUUAAAAUAUAUAUAAAAAAAUAAAAAUGCUUACCUGAAAGCUGUCAGGGAGUUUGGGUGUUUGGUCACAAGCUGCCCGUUCUCUGUGCUAACUCUGGGCUGGUGUCCUGCAGUAAAUGCUGCACUUUCCUUCACAGCCUGGAGUCGGCAGGGUGGUUUUGCUGUGCAUCGGGUGAGUGAAAUCAGCAAUAUGCUCAACUACUGGGAGCUAAUAUUGGCUACUAAAAACCAGCAAAACAUUUAAAAACAUAUUAUCUAAUAUAAAGCUUGUCUUCAUAUCUUCCCUUAUUUUCUUUUCUUGGCCAAACUGUUUUAAUAUGACAAAUUUGAAGUCGUUUGGGAUGUUUUAUUUCAGCCCAGUUGGCACAUACAUUUUAAUCAAAAUGUUAUGAUUAGUAAGCAUUAACUACCAUCCUUUGAAAGGGGCAUUAGUAAAAAGGUCCUGAGUAUGAGCUCAGUGCUGAUGCACACAUGAUUUGCAUUCACACAGCAGUUCGAUUAUAGGUCUCCAGGGUCUCUGAUAUCUGACUACCGAUGUGUUAAUGGAAAAAGCUGGUCCAGAGGCCGGGCUGUGCAUGGUGGCUCCACCAGGGCUCUGGAGUGGACAGGAGCCUGGAGAGGACCAUCUGGUGAGUGGCAUUUAUAAGAGGGGUUUCUGCAGGCUCCAGGGAACCAGCAGCUGCAGAAGCUGCUGCCUCAAACCUCCCAAUUCUAAUCAGCUACCUUUGGGCUGCAGUGACUUCUGACUUUGGGUUGUACUCCUGCCUUAAAGGAAGAACAUGGCUGUCCGUGGCACUUACGUGGUAAAGAGCACUGACUACACACUAUGUCAGUUGUUUGGAAGACAUGUUAAUGGUUCUAUCUUUGUAUUGUUGACUUAUUCUCAUUUCCAUAUUGAACCUGCUCAUUCAUCCAUUCACUCCAGAAACAUUUAUUGAGCACCUGUUGUAUGCAAGAUAGUUUUCCAAAUCUAGGGACGUAGCAGCGAAGAAAUCUGACAAAGAUCUGUGUCUUCAUGAAACAGUGUAGUAGAUGCGGUGGAGGAAAGAGGAGCAGCAGCAGGUACUGCAGACACGGGAGUCCAGAAACUACCAGAAGCAGCUGUGCCAGGGGAGGGGGCACAUUCUGUGCAGCCAUGUGAGGCAGAAGCAGGAGGUGAACAGUGGCAUGAAUGACAGGAGGGCUCCAAUCCACUACUGCACCUGCUCACUGAUGGAGUUUCACAGGGAAAGAGCAUAUGCCUGGCCCUGGAUGUUUUUAAUCAGGGCUGAGCGGGCCAAAGAAAUAAGCUUCUGGGCUGGGAUCCCUUACCAGAAUGGGAGGUGUAGACUAAGACUCCCCCACCCCGCCCCGUGGGUGUGGUAACCGUUUGUUUUUUAUUAAGCUGAACAGCAAGAUUUGUGUGUACAUUUGUUUCCAUUUAAUGCAAUUAAACAGUCUGUUACAUGUACCCACUCCCCACCCUACCCAGCCACUCGAUUCCCUUCACAUCUGCAGUGGGACACGUCACGCAGCGGGGCACGUGUCACACUGCAGGACGAGACCUACCAAAACAGACCAUGCCUUUGCAUCCAGCAGGUUGGGAGAUGAACCGCAGUAAUUGGAUGGUGCCUGCACAAAACAGCAGGUGAAAAGGGGGUUGUUUGUUUUUUGCUUGUUAUUAAUAUAUGUCAAUGCAUCUGUCUUUUUAAAUUUUGGGAGAUGAACUCAGAUUUUUUUACAGCAAAUAGUAAAACUGAACCUCUCUUUGCCAUAAUCACGUUUGUCAAUACAGAGAAGUACUGUUUAAUGACACUUGGCUUCGGUGAAAGGGCGAGUGUGAACUGCAGAGAUCCCUCCCACUUUCUGUUCCAUGACUUGGGCUCUCAGUGACUCUGCUCAGUGUCUGCAGCAUGGGUACUCUGACCCCACAUCAUGUUUCUCCUGAUUAAAGUGACCCAGAGACCACCUCAUCCAGCACCCUCACUGCUGAAGUCAGGAAGCACUGCUGCGGUCUUCCCAAGGUGUGAGGACUGAGGGUUGUUCCACUGCCAAGCUGGAGCAACUGAGUCAGAGCCAGUUUUCAUAUUUGAGACCAGACUCUACUUCACUAAUUUAUGCUUGUUUUUUCCCCCCAAUUACCAAGGUGGAAGCCCUUAGGUCCUACAGAGCUCUCUCUGCCAGUAGCUACCAUUGUGGAGCAGAGUGAGCCCCAGUUCCUACCAUGAAGCUGUGUCCACCACCAGAUGCACUGUGAAGAAUACCUCAGGCUGCUGCAGGGAGCCACACAGAAGUGGGGAUGUCUAGCCAUUAAGUUCACGGUGCUUAGUUCAAGUUCACAAUCUAUGGGUCUGACUCCUGAGAUGACCUUGUGGUAGGAAGACCCAAGUCAUCUUCCCUUUCUUGUGGACAGCUGAAAUCUUCUCAGGCAUCUUCUACUUUUGGGGUGUCCAAGAUCAAAAUUUCUUCCCUUUAAACUAGAAGCUACUUUGUUUUCUGUUUCACGUUCGGCUCUUCUGCAGGAGCUACACUGUUAAGGAGGUCUGUCCACCUUUGCAGAAUCGUGCUGCUCCCCCUUCCUUCUCUGUGAUUUCCCACAGCUUUUAUAAUUUACUGAGGAAUUUGAUACUCAGGUAAGCUUUCCAGAAAUCCUCUCUUUGGCAUUCCCACUCUCCCAAACACUGCGCUCCCAGCAAAGUUUGGAUGUGACCUUUUCUGCUGUGUCACCACAGGGGAAGGAACAGGGGAGGUAGGUCAGGGACUGACUGACAGUUCCUGCAAUGACAGGACACCAAGGCCAAGAAGAACAUGCAGAAGGGUGCCUUCCAGUGAGGCUGCCCCUCUGUGCUGACUGCUCCAUAGGGGAGGAAGUUCCCUCCUUCCUUCAGCUUAUAGAUGCAUCAGAGCUGCUCUGAGAGCAUCCCAAAACAGGAACCACCGUCAGGCCCCCAGGUGAGUGGAACAUCCAGGUGAUCCCUCAGCUUCUAAGCCCCAGGGACACAAGUGACCACCUUGAUGCCCCAGCUUUCAGGAGCCUGCUUCACAAGUACUGUGUCCUGUCAGUGCUGGAGCCCUUUCACGUCCUCUGCUUCAUAGUGCACAUGUAAGAGGCAGGUUGUGCCACUGGCAUCAAAACCCCACAGCAAAAACAGCUGGAGAAUGUUCCACAUAGUGACAUCUAUUCUAAAAUACAUCAAUAUACACACCAUGCACAGUUUAGUGGAACAAGGUGGGACAGCACUGUGAAUUCAAUCUGCCAGGUAACUGCACCUGAGCAUUUAACUAGUGUAAGCAAAGCUUUAUAUUAAGUAGCUUCUUAGCUCUUCAAUUUUUUUUUUUUUUUUGGAUGAGCCAAAGGAGACAUUUCUAGAUGUAUGAGGCCAGCAUGAGGGGAAAAGGCACAUUCUGAUAGCUGUGUGUAUGUAUGUAUGCACACACUGCAGAGAGCAGAACUGUGGGCCCUGACACAUCAGUUUGUAAUCCAGCCCUUACCCACAACAGUUCUUAUGGAGUUCUAGACUAAUGAUUUGCAACUCUACAGCUUCUCCUCACCAGGGGCCGGAAAGGAGAAAGAAAGACGCAGUUGAAUAAGGGAGGCCCAGAGCUUCCCUUCCUGGUUCCGAUGUCUGCAGAACCUAGGAGCUGUUAACAAGGCAAGGACUGUGCCCUGGACUCAGUCAGUGAGCAUAUGGAUUACGAGCUGAGGUCUUGUCACACACCUGUCACAGAAAGUUAAACUGUGAGAAGUUAAAGUGUUCUCAGCCUGGAGGGAGAGGGCGAGAAUGAGGGCCGGCGCACAGACACACAUCAGAUUCCACCCAAGGCCAGCCAGCGACGCUGUCGUCAGACCGGAACUGAACAGUGUCACAAACCUGGAGCAGUGAAGUCAAGGACCACGUGGGCAAGAUUUUGACAUGUGAAUGGGAUUCUCAUUUGGGGGGAGGGGUUAGCUUUUUGUGUUUUAUAAACACCUAUAAACUAGUCAUUAUUUUAAAAAG